AUGCUAGUAGUUGAGGCUACUGAUUUCUUUAUAAAUCCUAAAGUAACUGUUAUAAUUCAGAAUGAUAUUGAUCCACACCCAAUCCCCUUAGAUCUCACUGUCCAUUGCAAAUCUAAAGAUGAUGAUCUUGGAUUUCACACACUCGCAUUUGCAGGAACUUACUCGUUUCGAUUUAGACCAUUAGUGUUUCCAAGUUGGGCUUUCACUAUAUUCUUUUGUAGUUUUACAUGGAAAGGAAGCCCUUAUCUUCACUAUCUUGACAUUUACGAUGAAGCCAUGGAUAACUGCAAAAUUUGUGGUUGGAAAAUAAAUAAAAAUGGUGGUUGUAGGCUUUAUAAAGGAUCGUAUAAGGAUUGUCAAGAAUGGAAAAGCGUUCAACUAAUGGAUGGGAAUAGUACUUCUAAGAUGUAA